CGAGAACGACGCUAUCGUCAGUGAAAACGGCACAAAUCCGACCCAGAAACCACCUGGAAUGCGCGGCUCGGGUCUGACGAGUUUGAAAAUCCACAGUGUGGGUGCCGCCAAAACAGGCGCGGGUCCAGGGAAGACCCGUGGAGAGGGGGCCGGAGGGAGGAGAGGGGGAAGUCCAGGCGGGCGGCUUCUACAGCGCCCGGAGUCCCCCGGGCCCGAGGCUGCCAGAGGCACGCGCCGGCGAGAGAGACGGCCAAAAGCCUGCGAAGGGAACGGUGAACAGUGGAGCGACCCAUUGUGAACAGUGCGAACAGUGCGUACAGCGUGCCGAGUGCCGGCAGUGUGCCAGAGUGCUGGGGAAGACGAAGGAACCGUGAAGAAGAAACAGUGUAGUGGAUAGCUCCGGAUUGGCUGCGGACGCCGAGACCAGCCAGGUUCAGGUUCCAGCAUCCUCCAGGCGGACAUGCCCCCCGUGACGGUGCUGCUGCUGGUGCUGGCGGCGCGCGGCGUCGUCGGCAUCCUGACGGACGGCGGCCUGCUGCUGGGCGACCAGCUCGGCGACGCGCUCGGCGCCGGCGACGUCGGCGGGGCGCGGUGCGCGCGCCGCGUGCAGCGCGAGCUGGACUCGAUGCGGCGGUCGGCCAGCUCGCGCUCGGGGCACGCCAACCAGGCCGGCAGCCAGGCCACCAUCGACCUGGCGGGCUACGCGCUGCACCAGCCGCUGCGCUCCGCGCCCUACGACAUGUACGUGACGGGGAUGCGCGUGCGGGUGCCCGGCCAGACGGGAUGGGUGCGCGUGGAGCGGUGCCAGUUCGACGCGCACAACCACAGCCUGGACACGCGCCUGCUGUUCCGCGACCUGACGGUCACGGGGCACGUCAAGCUGUACGAGGACGCGGUGCGGCUGGUGCCGGCGGGGGCGUGCACGAUGACGCUGCGCCUCCGACGCGCCGGCCUGGGCUUCACCGCGGUGCCGGCCCUGCCGGCGGUGCCUGCACUGUCCGCCGCGCCCGGCCGCCACCCCGCCCUGCCGCUGCCCGUCGUCGCCAUGGGCCGCCGCCAGGGGCUGGCCAUGGCCGCCCCCGCGCCGCUCGAGGUGCGCACCGACGCCCGCUUCGUGGACCCGGACUUCGUGUCGGUGUACGCGCACGGGUGUCCGAGCCCCGGCGUCGCCGGCCCCGGCCAGCCCGGCCUGCCGCCGCACAUCGAGCACCGGUCCGACGACGUGCUCGACCUGCCCGAGGAGCCCAGCCAGCAUCUCUACCAGGACAACUCGACCGGGAGAGCCCUCCAGCCACACCGCGACCGAGCGGCGCGCGCUCAGAGUCGCAUCCAGGACGACGGGGACGGCGAGGUGGGCCGCGCCGACCUGAGCGGCGAGAUGGAGGACGUGUUCCUGCGGGGCAUCCGGACGCUGCUGGCCCGCUACAUGGAGCGCAGGCUGCAGCCCGCGCUGCGCGACGCCGUCCUGGCCGGCAUGGGCUACUCGGUGUCGUACGGACGGUGAGCCCGAGGGCCAGGCCGAGGGCGGAUCCAGAAUCGAGCAGAGGGAGGGGCAAAGCGUUGCCUUUUGCCUACAUCCCAGGGGGAUUUCUAGGCCCCCCUCUGCAAAUCCACCCUUGGAGUUGGAGGUCAGGUUGGUGUAAUUUAUUUCUCUUAUUUAUGGACGUUGUGGAAGGAAACUCGUUCUCUCUCACGGCGGGUAAUUUUAUCCAAUGAGAAAGGGGCCAUUGUAAACAGUGAUGACUUUAAUGUUGGCUGUUUUUAAAAUUGUGUUUUUUUUUCACAUGAAAUACAUGACUUUAAAGAUUCUGGCA